AUGGAAAAAGAGACAGAUAAGAGACCGGCUAUAAGAAAGUUGUUUCCAUCUGUAGAGAGAGAAAGCGUCAAAUCAAACGAGCCGUUGAGAGAAGUCUUGGCGACCAUAAACCUCUUCGUGGCCCGCCAUUCUCCUCUGCAGCUGUACAUCACAAUCCCAUCAGCGCCGGAGAAAAACGCAGUCGUCUCAAACCCUUUAUUCCUCAAGCAAAACCCAUCUGAGCCAAGCAAAAAGGCCGUACCUUGCGACCCAUGCAGUUCUUCUAGAAGCUCUGCCUCCGAAGAACAGUGGCCCCUCGAUAAAAGUGAAAAUAGAAAUAAAAAAAAAUGA